AUGGAUGGCGCCGGCGCUAAGGGUAUGAUGUGGUCGCGCGCUCUGAUCUCUCAGGAAGUGCACGACGCUGAAACGUGCGCGGUGAAUAACCAACGAAACGCGAGAUUUCUGCGCCAGAAAGAGCUCCUCGAACAGAAGCAACGCCAGAAACGGCUACAAAGUGCGACUCUGAUUCAAGCGACCGAUGUACGGAAUCGUCGCCGACCUCUGUCCGGUUUCGGCUCGAAGACCGAUCUCAUAGAUGGGGAUUAUCAUGAUUCCGAGGCUGUUCGGGUUCACGGGAAAUUCGGGAGUGUGGACGACCUGGAUAAAUCACCAAGUCCUGAAACUCAGGACGAAGACGGGAAACCUGAAUUCAUGGUUCGGAAAACCAGAGCGUUGAGCCUAGUUCCGCAUGCUUCCCCAGACCGCUUCCAGGAGCGACGAGUUUCGGGUGAUUCAGCGGAGACGCCGGUGGACAAUCGAACAGCUCAGGUCGCCGAUGUCAACCACGGCGAAGGGGCACAGGACCAAGGCUUCGAUCGCGACGAUCUCGGUGCGCUCGAGAAGCUCAUCAAAGACGACAUCCUGGAUUUCGUUUCGGAACCGUGCCCGCGGAACGUGACUGUCCGGUGUAGAGUCACGCGCGACCGCAAGGGAAUGGAUCGGAAUCUCUAUCCAACGUAUUACUUACAUUUGGAACGGGCCGGACAGAAAAAACUAUUUCUACUUGCCGGUAGAAAACGUAAACGUAGCGCGACUUCCAACUAUCUGAUCUCGUAUGACCCAACCGAUUUGUCGCGGAAUGGGGAGUCCUUCGUGGGGAAAGUUCGCUCGAACAUGUUGGGAACCGCGUUCACGACCUACGACAGUGGCGAAAACCCGAAAAAAGCCAAAUCCAACGGUAACCUCAAUCGCAGUGAGACAGCGCUCGUCGUCUACGAGACGAACCUUUUGGGCUUCAAGGGUCCGCGUAAAAUGUGCGUCGCAGUUCCGGAGCUCGACGAGAACUACAAACGCAAAACUGUGCAGCCGACUUGCGAAGAGGAAACGCUCUACGAGAGGUUCAAAGCCGCGAAGGUCGAUGAUCUUCUCGUUCUCAAGAACAAGAAUCCCGUGUGGAACGAAGAGACUCAAUCUUUCGUCUUGAAUUUUCACGGACGGGUUAAUCAAGCGUCGGUGAAGAAUUUCCAGCUUAUCGAAGAGUCGGACCCUGAAUAUAUCUGCAUGCAAUUCGGUCGAGUUAAGGAGGACCAUUUUUCGCUUGACUACAGUUAUCCAUUUUGCGCUAUUCAAGCCUUCUCGAUCGCACUCAGCAGCUUCGACUCGAAAUUGGCAUGUGAAUAA